AUGAAUCGUCAAGAGUUCGCCCACCUCUUAUCCCAGACACAAUCGAUGAUGGCUCCCCCUCGAGCCCCAACAACUACACACCUCAUAUCCGAUUCCUGUCUCCAUGGCUCAGCCUCGGCCUCGUCUCCUCCGCUCUCACCUCGACAGAAGUUCCAGGCACAUGUACGGACAUUGAAUGAUCAGGCUUCAACCCCUCCUCGAAACGCGUCCACUGUCCCCAAGAGAUCCCCAGAGCUACAGCACGUUUCCAGUUUACGUGUCUCAUAUCGAAAGACUCCCCCUCCGAAAACCCCUUGCCGGGCGAGUCCAACAUGGGAAGACAGCGAGUUGACACUCAAAACGUUCAACAACACCCACAAUGAGCCAUACUUCAUCACAGAAGAGCGGGAAGCCUGGAGUAGACAAUCCCCAUCCAGGACAACUAUGCCCUUCGCCGACAAUGUCUUCUUCCUGCAGCCACCCGAUGCACAUAGCCCAAUUCUGCAACCAAGCAAACAACUGAGAGAAUUACGUCCUUUUGCCCCUCUGGCCCAUCCAGUGGAUGUGAACGAGAGACCAAAAACUAGUCGAGGGCCAGCACAUAGUCACUCGAAAUUUACAAUCGAAAAUGCUGAUGCCAACCUCAGAGAGGAAGAUCUGUCCGCAAGAGCGUCAAAGUUUGCAGAGGGAAGCAUGAAUGCACGGUCUGCCGGAAUAUCUUCUACGUGGCAGGAGCAUAGUUCGAUCACUAGUUGCUCUGAAACUGAAUCAGACGAUGAUCCAACCCCACGGGCGUCACCACAGCGCUCUUCUAUUGAUUUGAGCGAGUUCAAACCAGAAACCACAAUCGCCCCUACCCUGAAGCAGCGCCUGUUCAAGUUUGGCACGAAAGCCAGGUCAAAAGAGAACACAUCAAAGGUCGAGGGGGAACCUGCUGCAAAGAAAAAGAACGGCCUGAGGAAAAGUAUGUCGCUAUGGAACCUCCAUAGUGACAAGAGGAAGGCUGCAGACGGGUCAGAAAGUCCGGAAAAGAAAUCCUCCGCAUCAAGUCAUAAUAGCGAUCUCGAAGUGCUCAACGAUAGAAAGAGACGUGCAGAAGAAGCGUACGCUCAGCAAUUUGGCAUGAAGAGGAGAAAAUCCAACGUGGGCCUAGCUACAGCAACAUCAGGCGACCAUGCUUUGGAAGAGAUGGAAGCCACUACUGGCAGCCAAUCUCAGAGCUGGCCAGCACCAAACAAUGAUAGACGUCCCGGUCAAUCUCCAUCGAAGAUAGUUCCCGCUGACUCCGAGUGGUCUGACAGUCAUAAUGACCUUGAUCAUCAGAAACGACCAACCCGCCGGGAAUUGGAGAAGGAGAACCAACAGCUACGAGCUUUGUUGAGACAGAAGCAGCAAGAGAAGACUCCUCAGCCAGCAUCGUCUUCUUCCCGACAGCAUACUCUAACUCCUGGAAUAGUCCACGAAGAUGACGUCUCCACCGCCAAGUCCUCCGCUAAGAAGCAGAGCCAGAAACAGUCUGGAGCAGCAGCCCCAGCGGUGGCACUAUUGCCGGAGCGUGCGGCGUUGAGGACGUUGAGCAACACCACGAAUCAGCCGCAUGUUAAGAACAAGGGAAACGGUAGUCUGGUUGUAAUUUCAACGUCAGACAUUAUUGACCAACCAAAGCACAUGAAAAAGCAGCGCCGGCGUUCGUCUGUUGUUAGAGGCGAAGGGUUUUCACAUCCAUUCUCUGCCAUUCUCGAGGAGGACGAAGAAACGUGGACAGCACAAGCUAGGAAAGAAAACCAAUGCUCGACGAACGAUACAUUCAGUCCAAAGUUAGUACCAGAGAUGAACUCAGGAAAUGGAAUCGUGGACGUUGGGGGAGUAAAGGUCAAAGCUCACGCUGCGCCAAUGCAGGGAAAAGGUGUCCAGAUGGAGAACUGGGAAUGGCCUGACGACGUUUUCUGA